ACUAUUAUUGUCAACUUGGAACUAGCUGAUUCAAAAAAGUAGUUCUGUAAACCACGAAUCUGAUUAGAGAGCAACUGGAAUCGACGUAAUACGAAUUUCCUCAUUUAGUUCUGGAUCUACAUCAGCGCAAUGUCGAGUUUGCUCAAUACUGUUCUGAUUCUAGCAACUUUCAUAACCUUUUCCAACGCUCAGUGUACUACGGGUUCAAGAUUUGCAUGCGCAAAUUGUUCCACCGUUAGCGUGUGCUCAUACGGAGGCAUUCAAGUUGAUGCGUUCCGCUGUGACUCGGUUAACGCAAGUCUUCCCUUCUGCUCCGGCAACACUGGAGUCUGCAAAAGUGCCCCCGAAGGAAGUUGCAUCCAACCAAGUGAACUAUGUCCGCGUGCUUCGGAUACCUUUCCAAAUCCCUCCAACUGCUUACAGUACAUCAGCUGUGAUGCCCAGAAGCAAGCCCAAACAAUCCGCUGCUCGCCGAGCAGUUACGUGUACGACCACUCCACCCGAUCUUGUAAGCUGCGCCAGACCAGCAACGACUGCUUCCAGGUUAACUGCGACCUGGCAAGCAAUUUCGACCGCUGGACAUCCUAUCGACCCGUUCCAAAACUCGCAUUCUACUGCUCCAUCGCCGUAGGCCCGAUGACCUUCGAGUGCUCCACCGGCGAAAACCAGAUCUUCAACGUCGUCAGCCGGUCGUGCGUCUUUGGCUGCCCCAGUGAAGGUCGCUUCCCGGUUCCGGAUGACGGCACCAAGUACUACCAGUGUGCUCGUGGGGUGUACGGUGUGCUUGUGGCGCAGAAAGUCUCAUGUUCAGCGGGUUUGGCGUUUGAUCCGAGUUUGGCUAAUUGUACCGUGGCCUCAUCAGCAACAACAGAACCGGCGACUACUUUGGUAACCGCUGGAUCUACAACUGCUGUCGAUACAACAGAACUAACAACAAAUCCUGCGGAAACAACGACUUCUUCAACAGCUACUGAAACGUCCACUUCUAAUUGAACAGCAUCCUUAAUGGAACCACUUACACUUGAUGCUUCAAAAGAUUAUUGAAAUUUCUAUUCAUACUUUAAUCAAAAAUGAAGUCUCAGAGAAUUGUUGUGCAGCAGUAACGAACCGACCCAAAUUUCCAUGUAACAAAUUUCACUGUUUUUUUAUGAAUACAGUCGUGCCUCGGUUUAGCACCGCAUAUGGGGGAUGCAAACCCGAGGCGUGCAUAACUGAGGCACAGAGCUUUUUUGUGCUAUUGCUUUCGAAAUGUAUCAAAAAAUCCUGAUUAUUUGAUCCCCAUAUUGUAAUCAAACUGAAAUUUGGGAUAUUUUUGCGAAAAUACGUAGUCUUGUGAAAAUUUCGAGUAUUUUCAAAAACUGGUGUUAUUACUUUCGAAACAUAUCAAAAAUCCCGAUCAUUUGAAACUCAUAUUGUAAACACUGAAAUUUUGAAUAUUUUUCGAAAAUAUGUAGUUGAAAAUUAUGAGUAUUUUUUAAAAAUUGUUAUAGUUCCAAAAUGUAUUAAAAAAAUCUGAUCAUAUGAUACCCAUAUUUUAAAAACUAAAAUCUGGAGUAUUUUUUCAAAAAUACUUAGUUUUGUGAAAAUUCAGAGUAUUUUCAAAAAAAUAUAUUUCUUUCGAAACAUAUGGAAAAAUCCCAAUCAAUUGAUACCCAUAUUGUAAAAAACUGAAAUUUUGAGUACUUUUUUCGAAAAUACGUAGUUUUAUGAAAAUUUUGACUGUUUCCAAAAAAAAACUAUAAUUUUCGAAAUGUAUAAACAAAUUGUAAUCAUUUGAUACCCAUAUUGUAAAAAAAGAGAUUUUAAAUAUUUUAUUAUUCAAAAAUACGUAGAUUUGUGAAAAUUUUGAGUAUUUUAAAAACUUUUUUUAUAACAUUUGAAAAGUAUGAAAAAUUCCGAUCAUUUGAUACCCAUAUUGCAAAAACACUACCUUUUAGAUUUUUUUUAGAGAAACAUUGCAUUUUCAAAAUACAGUAGUUGUUCGGUAACUGGGCGUUGUUUAACUGGGCGCUCGAUAGCUGGGCCGUAGCCCAGUUAAAAAGCAGACAAACGUCAAAAACCAAAACAAACCAAUAUGACCGAGGGGUUAUUGGAUGCCAAAAGCCUGUUCAAUCAAGAAAUAAAACUUUUUUUUAACUUUUAUUUAAUUUCAAGCCACAAUUAAAGAAAUAAGAGAAGUAAGCAUUGUUUAAAAAAUUGAGUAAACUUUUAUUUUGAUAUUUCAUCAGGAAAAUAUCAUGCAUCGGUCCCCUAGUUAUUUUUUGUUCAGCCCAGUUAUCGAGCAGCAUUCGGUGACUGGGUUACGUUCUCAGCCCAGUUACCGAACAAGCACUGUACUGGAAAAAUUCGUAGUUUUGUGAAAAUUUUCAUGUUUUAUAAUGGAUAGGUGACAUCAUUCUGAUUUCAAAACACUAUAUUUUUUUUGAAGUUUGGAUGAUUUUUCAUAGGAUGUCAAUGUCUCCCAUGUAGUCCAAUUGCCAUAACCUCGUCAAAAAUGUCCGAGGUUGGUGUGAGCACACAUUUAAACUUUUUUAAAAUCUUUUUGCAGGGCAUUUUCAUCUAUUCACAAAAUAAAUAUGAAGACAUUUGGAUGUACCAUUGCCGAGAUAUAGCUAUUUUAAGUUAGCAGUUUCAAAUAACGGGUGCCACGAUAUCUCAACACUGCUUUGACAAAAGUAGCUCCAAAUUUUGGUGAAGACUCGUUAAACCGGUUCUGUGUACAUGAUGAAGGCCGAUUUUCAAAAACUUAUUUAAAAAAAAGAUAGAAAUAUUUUUAUGUUUUUAAUAUAAAAAACUUCAGAUUUUGAUUUAAGUAGUUUUUAAAAAAGCAAAAUUUCAAAAUCGGGCUUCGUCAUGCACACGGGAUAUGUCUUGAGAGUCUUCACUCCAAAUUUCAGCCAAUUUGAUCUAUACCAUCUGGUCAGAUCUGAACUGACCAUGAAGGUGUUGUACAGAUGUAAAUAGUUCGAAUUAGUUUUAGUACACAAUUUACACAGAAUGCAUUCGAAGACACACACACACACACACACACACACUCACAUUUAGGGUUAGUUAUUUGAAUGUUAUGAACUAAACACACAAAAAAUAACUGCAUGCAAAAUACUGAAGUUGCUCUACCACACGGUAUCAUCAUCCUCGCUGAUAUCUCUCAGUUGAGAGAAUCUGUAUCUCUACCGUGUGAAGCAGAAUUGGAAAAAGGAGCCUAGACAGAAGAUCGAUACAAGACCACAAGCAGUACGAAAUACAUCUCGCAAGCACAAACGUCGCGUUCUUCUUGUUCUUUACGUUGCCAAAUCCCAAUAUACAAGUCGUGCAAUAACCAAAUCGAGUUUGUUCUUAAUCCGAAAUCAUUCGACAAU